CGCUUCCGGCGGGAGAAGGUGGCUCUUUGCCCUAACCGGUUCUUUGCCGGGAUCUCCCGCUGACCCGGCAUUUGCUUUGUAUUACUGGGUGCGUUUUAUACUUAGUUUACCCGUCCGUAGUAGGUGCUUGUGUGUUGGCCGAGGGAGGAGCCGCGAGGAUGGUGUGAAAGAGACCGGUGAACCACAGCGGGCGCUUCUGUUUUCCUGCACCUUCCCGCCAGACCUCUCUCUAUAAACGUCUGUCUUGGACUCAAUUUGUUUUUAUUGUUAGCGCGUGAUUUCAUUCACUUCUAUACACUAAAACGAACACGUUCCUCCAAGGCCUGGAUCUCCGUUUCCGGACGUUUCUUGGAAAUAGGAUUGGGAAGACAUGGCCUCUUCGUCGGGGACCGAUGAUGACUUGACUAUUCCCAGGGCUGCCAUCAAUAAAAUGAUUAAAGAAACUCUGCCCAGUGUUAGAGUAGCCAACGACGCUCGUGAGCUUGUCGUAAAUUGCUGCACGGAAUUCAUCCACCUCAUCUCCUCGGAGGCAAACGAGAUCUGUAACAAAUCCGAGAAGAAAACCAUAUCGCCCGAGCAUGUCAUACAGGCACUAGAAAGUUUGGGUUUUGGUUCCUACAUCAGUGAGGUAAAAGAAGUCCUGCAAGAAUGCAAAACUGUAGCAUUAAAACGACGAAAAGCAAGUUCUCGUCUUGAAAAUCUUGGCAUUCCUGAAGAAGAGCUUCUAAGGCAGCAACAAGAGCUAUUUGCAAAAGCAAGACAGCAGCAAGCAGAAUUGGCCCAACAGGAAUGGCUACAAAUGCAGCAGGCUGCUCAACAAGCACAACUUGCAGCGGCAACAGCCAGCGCUUCAAACCAGGCCGGUUCCUCUCAGGAUGAGGAAGAGGAUGAUAUCUGAGUAUUUCCACCUAUGUUAAAAUCGGCCUUUGAAUAUCUUUUCACCUGCACAAAAACAAGUGGAAAAUGCUUAAUUGUAAAUUUUUUUAUGCAUCUUGGUGGACUGGUUAUUGGUAUUCUAGGGAUGUCUGUUAAGUCUCAGCUCUUGUAUGCAACAUACAUGUACAAAUAUCCUUUUUGAACUGUUUACAGUAAGGUUCAGUAUCCUAUCAAUAGACAUUUUUUAACAGCCUUUAUGAGAAUUUUAUAUUAGCAAUCCGUCAUUAACUUGAUCAAUAAGCAGUGUUAAACCAGAAUACAUCUUUAUUAAAUAUAGCGAGAUUUAUACAGAAACUCUGAAAACACAUUUGCAUUUCCCUUUUAACUAAGCUUAAAAAAAUCUUAGGGUUUUUUUUUUUUUUUUUAAUUUUUGUGGGUUGGGUUGGGAAGUUGGUUUUUCUGGCAGGCACAUGAUGAAGUCAAAGAUCACUGUCAGGAAAGUGUGUCUGUAAUAAAUGAAUUUUAGGGGAGGAUGUGAAACCUUUGUAUAGGGCAAAAACAUUGGGUGCUUUGCUAUGGGCUUUGCAGACAAAGGAAUUUAAAACUGUGUCAGUAGAAGAAACAUAAGCCCAAACAUGUUGACUGGGAAGGGAUCUUUUUUUUUUAGGAAUUCUUGUGGUACUUGAGUGUUUUUGUUUUUUUUGUUUUUUUUUAAAGACCCUUUAAGAGUUGAUAAAAGGACAUGUGAAAUCCAAGCUCUUUUUUUAAGGGGAACCACAAUUUAAAAGGGCAUCUGGUGCAAAGCAAACAUGUGAAGGAUGGCUAAAAAUUAUAUUUGUGGUUGUAACAUUUUUGUAAUUAUUUUCUUACCCCAAAACAUGUUUGGGUACUUUUUUUUUUUUUUUUAAUUUGCUCUGGCACGUCACAGCUAUAAAGUGUUGUAUAUUUGUAUUUUUAAUUGUAAUUGAUUAGUAUAUUGCUGUAUGGUCCUACUUAGCAUUUAACCUGCACCUUGAAUUUAGUGACUGUAAUAAAAUGGGGACUUGUGUUU